UCACUUGCUGGCCUCAACCUACCUUUCCUCUUUGGUCCUACCUUUCAUCUCUCUCACCCUUUAUAUUUCCUUUUUUCUGCUUCACUUGUUCUAUAAUUCUACCUUCCAUCUCAUUUUGCUGCCCUCUUCAGUUUAGUACUCAAUGGCAUUGGCAUCUAAGUUUCAGCCAUGGUGGCUGCUGCCUGUUUCCUUUUUGUUAGCGACAAACUUUCACGACUGCGCUAAUGCAGAGCCGCAGGUGCCCUGCUACUUCAUCUUCGGGGACUCAUUGUCGGAUGACGGAAACAACAACAACCUUGCGACGACAGCCAAAGUAAAUUAUGCGCCUUAUGGGAUCGAUUUUCCUCGAGGACCCACCGGAAGGUUUACUAAUGGCCGAACCAUGCAGGAUAUCAUUGUUCAACUACUGGAUUUCGAAGAAUUUAUCCCUCCGUUUGCCACUGCAAGAGGCAUAGAGAUUCUCAAAGGUGUGAAUUAUGCAUCUGGUUCGGCAGGAAUUCUUAAUGAAACUGGAGAACAACUGGGUGAUCGAAUAAGCAUGAACAAGCAGCUAAGCAACCACCAAAUUAUAAUCUCAACAAUGGGUGAGAUAUUGGGAAAAUGUUCAGCUUCAAAGCUUCUUAGCAAAUGCAUAUAUGCGGUCCAAAUCGGCAGCAAUGACUACCUCAACAAUUAUUUCAUACCGGAGUUCUACAACACAAGCCGGUUAUACACUCCAGACCAAUAUGCUGCAUACCUCAUUGAACAAUAUUCACAGCAAAUAAAGACUCUGUAUAAUGAUGGAGCAAGGAUGCUUGCCCUGUUCGGAAUUGGUUCGAUAGGCUGUACUCCAAAUGCAAUGGCGGUGUACGGAACGAAUGGCUCUCUCUGCGUAGAAAAAUUGGACAAUGCUGCCCAACUUUUCAAUGAGAGGCUUAUAUCACUUGUUGAUGAACUCAAUAGCAACCUAACCGAUGCUACAUUUACCUAUCUAAAUCCUUCUGGAACUGACACUGCAAACUCACUCGGUUUUACAGUGACGAAUGCUAGCUGCUGCCAAGUAGGGAGUGAUGGAGAGCUUUGUAUCCCUGAUUCAGAGCCAUGUGCUGAUCGAAGUCAGUAUGUCUUUUGGGAUGCAGUCCAUCCUUCGGACGCUUGGAAUUUGCUCAUUGCAACAGAGGCUUACACUAGUCAAUCUAGUACCCAAGCUUAUCCCCUCAAUAUUCAGAAGCUGGCACAACUGCAGAGCGACGAUGAAGGAGAUGAUGACUGUCCAUGGAGUGUAGUGGGAGAAAGUUCUCGUAUCGUCUUGUAAUCUUAUCUGUUAGUUUGAAUGGUUGUAAUAUUUAGUCCCUCGUCUAAGAAA